GGGCAUCAGAUGCCUAUUGAAAAUCGCGAGUACCGAGAGUAGUGUUGGAUAGCGAAAGUAAAAUUACAUUACUAUCGAUACAUACACCGGUCAUAUACUUUUUGACUACUUACGCCUACGUUCCAACAACGAAGAAUAUUCAACGCACCAUGCAACUAACAAUUGCUGUAGUAGGCUGUAUGUUGGCCAGUUUGGUCAGCUGCCAACAGUAUCAACCAUCUGGCUCGCCGACGACCCCUAUCCCUAUCGUGCGAUACGAAAACGAUGGAGUCAAUUUCGAUGGUUCUUAUAAAUGGGCGUAUGAGACUGGUAAUGGAAUCCAAGCUGAAGAAAGCGGAAGUGUUCAACCGGCGCAAGAUCCUAACCAAUCUGCUUUGAACGUUCAAGGAGGUUAUUCAUACACAGCCCCAGAUGGUACACCAAUCAGUGUUAAGUACGUUGCUGGGCCUCAAGGAUUCGUGCCAGUCGGUGACCAUCUUCCAACCCCACCACCUUUGCCACCAGCAAUUGCAAAGUUGCUUGAGUUCCUCGCUACUCAGCCAUCCACACCAGAACCUGCCUACAACAGGAGAAAAUAAAUUCCCCUAAUUAAGGUUGUGAUUAAUCUUCUUUCUCUUCAUGUUACCAUACAGAAUUUGCUUCGCCAUGUUGUAAAUCUGUUCUGUAAAUCUACAUCGCAGCGCUUCUAUUACUUUUUGUAUUAUGUAUUUAUUUGUAUUGUAUUUAAAAUUCUUAAACUGA